UGGACUGCCAUGCUAUCUCUCGCUCUCUGUCUCUCUCCCCCGUCGUGUCCAGCUCAGCCUUUGGAGACACCACCUGUCCGUUGCUCCAGGUGCCUCUUCCUCUGCCACCCCCCGUGACGCACUGACGCUCUGCUCUGCGGCUGCGCCUGCAGCACAACUAGGCGACACUCUCAGACACAGAGUGAGCUCUCCACUCCGAGUGAGUGAGCGAGCGAGCGCGCGCUCCGACAUCACAUAUAACACCGGCAGGGCAAGCGAGCAUGGACAGCAAAGGAGGAACACGGAAUCCGUUCUUCCUACCGUUCGUCUAUCAUCCAUCCGUUGCUGUCCUGAUGCCUUUACCGCUUCACCAUUGAUCUGAGUUCUGAAGAAGGUCGUUUCCCUGGCCGACUCCUUCGCCGCUGCUUCGGCGACUGCACUCUCACUGCAAGGUGACAUUCCCCUUCGCCUCACGGUUUUCUUGUGAAAAAGUACCGUUGGUGAUCUUGGCGCCCAAGUUGUAGCGAGUGUUCCGUGGUGCGGUUCUUGCAACGGCUAGCGCGCAGCAGCAGGGUCCGCAUCGCUUUCUCGUUAGAGAUUUAGAGCCGGGUGCUCAGCGCUCAGGUCCUUGGAGAUUUAUUUUGACGAGCCAACUUUGCUCAACUUCCAAGCGGGGGGCAGAGGCUUUGCUCAGCUUCUCUUUUUCUUUGUCUCCUUACCUUUAAACCUCUCAAGUACUCUAGUUCCUCCCAUUUUCUACUGCUGCUGACCAAGGGGGAGGAGACGAGCUCGUUAUCGUUAGUCUGGCUUGCUGAUGGUAGUUACCCACGUUUGGCUAUUCCUUAUGCUCACCGUUCUUGGUCACAGAAGGAGGAAACCAAUCCAAGAUCAGGCAAAGACAGGCCUAACUCCACCGAUAAGCUUCUUGUGCUCCAUUGCAUAGCAGUGUCGUUCCACACGGUGUCUCUCCUCUCAUCGAGAAAUCGUCUCCAACGACGACAAUGGCUACGCCGAGCCACCUCCUGCUCGUCGUCUUCACGGCGCUUCUUGCGUUGCUCCCGGGGACGACGCAGCUCCAGCCUUCGCAGGUGUGGACUCUGAUCAAGAUCCAGCAGCUCCUGAACGCCCCCCCGAUGCUCAGCCACUGGCGCCGCAGCACCGACUUCUGCGGCGGCGGCGGCGGCGCCAUGGGCCCGGCGGGCUCGGCCGCCGUCCUGUGCUACGGGGACACCGUGACGCAGCUCCACAUCGCGGGCGCGGGCGCGCCGCCUCUGCCCAGGAACUUCUCCAUCGGGGCCGUGGUCACGACGCUGUCCAGGCUCCCCGACCUCAAGGUGCUCACGCUGUCCGGGCUCGGCCUCUGGGGCCCCCUGCCGGGCAAGCUCGGCCGCCUCGCGUCGCUGGAGAUCGUCAACAUGAGCGGCAACUACCUCUUCGGCGAGGUCCCGCGGGGCGUGUCGCGCCUCGCCGGCCUCCAGACGCUGGUCCUCGACGACAACAUGCUGGGCGGCGAGGUGCCGGCCUGGAUCGGCGCCCUGCCGUCGCUGGCCGUCCUGAGCCUGCGGAACAACACGUUCCAGGGAGCCGUGCCGGAGUCCCUGGGAAGCGCACCCUCGCUGCGGUCGCUCGUGCUCGCGUCCAACAACCUGUCCGGGAACCUGCCGGACAUGAGCCGGCAGGCCAACCUCCAGGUGCUCGACGUCGGCGGCAACUCGCUCGGCCCGGCGUUCCCCAAGCUCGGGAGGAAGGUGGUCACCGUGGUCCUCGGCAGGAACCGGUUCGGCGGCGGCCUCCCCGCGGAGCUGAGCUCCUUUUACCUGCUGGAGCGGCUCGACGUGUCGUGGAACCGCUUCGUCGGGCCGUUCGCGCCCGCGCUGCUCUCCCUGCCGUCCAUCCGGUACCUGAACAUCGCCGGGAACAGGUUCACCGGGACCCUAUCCGACAAGGCGCCGUGCGGCGACAACCUCCGGUUCGUCGACCUGUCGCUGAACCUCCUCAUGGGGAGCGUGCCGACCUGCCUGAGGUCGCCGGGCAGGAAGCCGGACACGGUGGUGCUCGUGUCCACCAACUGCCUGGACGACAGCGACGGCUCGCAGCACCCGUCGCCGUUCUGCCAGAACCAGGCCCUGGCCGUGGGGAUAGUGCCCGGCAAGGAGAGGAAGAGCGUCGCAGGCCAGGCAGGCUUCGUGGCCGGCGUUGUGGUGGCGAUCCUUGUCGCCAUCUCGGCUGUGGGCCUCAUCGCCUUCUUCGCCGUGAGGAAGGCGGCCAUGAAACGUUGGGAGGCGAGGGCGCCCACGGUUUCGGAGGAGGAGAGUUCUUCGACUGGGUACCCUUCCAAGAUGCUCGCUGAUGCACGAUACAUAUCGCAGACGCUGAAGCUGGGCGCCCUGGGGAUCCCGUCAUACAGAGCAUUUUCUCUGGUCGAGCUUGAAGCUGCAACUAAUAACUUCGAGAACUCUCACCUGCUGGGGCAGGACUCUCACGGCGAGAUGUACCGAGGAAGGUUAGGCAAUGGCACCCCAGUGACGAUCAGGACUCUGAAGAUGAAGAGGAGCCAGACCGCCCAGAGCUUCAACCGUCACAUCGAGACGAUCUCCAGGCUGAGGCACCAGAACCUGGUCAGCGCUCUGGGACACUGCUUUGAGUACAAUCUCGACGAGUCCACAGUCACCCAGCUGUACAUCGUGUUCGAGUACGUGCAGAAUGGGAACCUGAGGAGCAGGAUCUCGCGGACCGAAGGGUGCAGGCUGACGUGGUCGCAGAGGAUCUCGGCCGCCAUCGGCGUCGCCAAGGGCAUCCAGUUCCUGCACGGGGGGAUCAUACCUGGCCUGGUCGGAAACGAUCUGCGGAUCACGAACGUCCUUGUGGACCAGAACCAUGUCGCCAAGAUCGGCAGCUACAACAUCCCGAUCCUGGCGGAGGCCAUGAGGUCCGAGCAGGGAGGAGCUGGGAACAAGUUCCAGGCUGACAGUCGGGUGAAGAGCGAUAAGACGGACAUCUUCGACUUCGGGGUGAUCCUGCUUGAGGUUGUGUCCGGGAAGACCAUCACGUCCAUGUAUGAAGUGGAGAUACUGAAAGAAUUGCUUGCAUGGGCGAUUGCCGACGAGGACCGGGUGAGGAGGAGGAGCUUCGCAGACCCCGCGGUGAGCAAAGGGUGCUCGGACGAGUCGCUGAGGACGGUCAUGGAGAUCUGUCAGAGGUGCCUGGCGAAGGAGGCGUCGCAGCGGCCCUCGGUGGAGGACGUGCUGUGGAACCUGCAGUUCGCCGCCCAGGUGCAGGACGACUGGGAGACGGAUGCCUGGAGCAGCGGCGGAGGAAGCCCAGUGUCGUCGUCGUCCAGAGCCACCAGGCCGUCUCGGCUACACUUGAGCAGAUAGAUGAUCAGGUGCUUCACCAAUCUCCAGUAAAGCGGUCACAUGAUCUACCCAUAGUCUACCGGGGACAAGGACAAGGAUCUAAAGAUGGGAAAUGCUGGUCAGCCUACAGUACAGCAUCUGCCUCUGAUGGGAUGCUGAAAACCACAGCAGUAUCAGCUCGCUGAAAACUGUCCUCCCUGUGGUGCAGACUAAUGUGCUUUGCGCCACUGUAGAGUUCUUUUUUGGUUUCUCUUUAUCAUCACGUCCCUAUCUACGAGUACAAUAAUGGUGUGCCUUUUGUCCAUUUUCCCCCAUUGGUAUUGGUAGCACAAUAAUGAUGUAACAGGCAUUGCCUUCUACGUCCUGAGUUUUGUGAUCAUCGUA